GGCUGUAUAUUUGUGGUCUUCGCGGCCAAAGAGUCGGCCGAAAAGCUGUUGACCGCCGAUGAAGUCAAAUACAACGGCAAAGACUUGUUGCGCGAAAAUAAAGUUAAGUAUUUUUUGCGAAAGAAAGAGUACGCCGAGCGUAGGGGCAAACGGGGGGCCAAAAACUCGCCUAAAUCUGAGCCAAAUGCCGACGAGAACAGCGAGGCUAAGGCCGAAACAGUGGCCAUAAGUAACGUGCGAUACGCGGGCGGAGUGCUUAAGCUGAAGGACAUCGCCGAUGGCAUCGACUAUAAGGAGAUUAAAGAGCUGUUCCAAAAGUACGGCGACGUGUCAUACGUUGAGGCCGUUAACGGCCAGAAAGAGAGUUUUAUACGAUUCGCGUCCGAAAACGGGGCGACCAAAGCGUUAGAGAAGGCAAAAUUGGCGGUGAAAGCGGAGGAAUCCUCAGACGUUAAAAAGGAGGACUCAGUGGACGUGAAAGCGGAGGAAUCGGCAGACGUUAAAAAGGAAGACUCGGUGGACAUGAAAGUGGAGGACUCAGCGGUUGUCAAAGAGGAGGACUCGGCGGCCGUAAAACAGGACACGAAGGCGACGGAAGUGAUAAAAGUGUUGAUCUGCGGCAAAGAAGCGGUGGCCGAAGUGCUGACCGGAGACGACGAGAUUCUCUAUUGGAAUGAGUUUACGAAGAAUAGGAUUCUAAGCAAUAAGAGGCGCAACGAUAAGAAAUAUCAACAUGGCGGCAAACGCCAGGGUGGCGGCGGCGGUGGUUGGAAUAAGAACCGAAAGCGUGGAUAUCAGGGAUCACGCGGUGAUUCUAAUGGCAAACGGACCCGAAAUGAAUCCGAUUAAGUUUGACACCUAUUUAUAUAUAAAUAUGGAUUAGAUUUUAGACUAAAUCCGUUUCUAAUUAAAUAUAAUAUCCAUUAAACGCUCUUUAAUUGUCAUUAUUAUUCCCUUUUUAUAAUCUCUUUGACUAUCAUUUCAUUAUAAAUCACAUGAAUUUAAUGUUAUUUUGUUUGCUUUCCAUUAAUAUUUGUUUUUUAAAUGGAUGAAAACAUAAAAUGGUUUGUUUUGUCGAC